AGUUAACCUAAACAAUGAAAUGGUGACUGUUUCCGCUGGGUAAACACUAAAAUCAGAUGUUCGCUGUCAUAAUGCAGUAUGAAUAUAACUCUAUUAGUGAGAUAUUUCAGAGAGUUUAUGAGAAGCAAAGAAACUAAAUGAGAAAAAAGUCUUCAGUGUUGAGUUGAACACUUCAUCAUGUGUUGAAUGUAGGUGCUGCUAUGGUGAUGUCAAUCAUGUUGGCUCCUCCUUCUCUGAUUUUUCUCUUCAUGAUUUAUGGAGUUUAUAGUGCUGAUGAUGGGUGGGGUGUAAAUUACAGCUCUUCAUCUAUCUGUGCACUAAAGGGUUCAACAGUGAUAAUAAACUGCACUUAUAAAUACUCUACUGGACAUCAGAUCAUGAAAGUGUUCUGGACCAACACUGAUGUUAAAGCAGAUCAUGAAGAGUUUCCAGAUCUGUCUAAGGACUCUAAAUACAGUCAGAGGAUUCAGUAUCUGGGAGAUAAACAUCACGACUGCACCAUAAAACUGACUGAUGUGAGACAGACAGAUUCACACAAAUACUAUUUCAGAUUCACUACUCAGAUAGAAAAAGACAAAUGGAUUGGAAAACCUGGAGUGACUCUUGAUAUCACAGAUCUUCAGGUGGAGUCUUCAGGUGAGAGAGUGACAGAGGGACAUUCAGUGACUCUUACAUGUAAAAGCAGAUGCAGUCUGACUGACAGAUCAACAUUCAUCUGGUAUAAAAACACACAGUCAUUAAGUGAGAGAACAGACAGAAACAAUCAACUCAUCCUGCAGUCAGUUACAAGAAAUGAUUCAGGCAACUAUAGCUGUGCUGUACAGGGACACAAACUCACAUCACCUCAUCAAUAUCUCAAUGUCAUCUAUGCUCCAGAUAAACCUGUAAUCUCUAUCAAUCCAUCUGGUGAAAUAAAGGAGGGUGAUUCAGUGACUCUGACCUGCAGCAGUGACGCAAAUCCACCUGUUCAGAUCUACACCUGGUUUAAGGAGAAUGAAACAUCAGCUGUUGGAUCUGGAAAAAACUUCAUCAUCUCAAAGAUCAGAUCAGAUCACAGUGGAGAAUACACGUGCAAGUCAAGUAAUACACUUGGACAGAAAUAUUCAGCAGUGACAUUAAAUGUUUUAUAUUCUCCAAAGAACGUGACAGCAUCCAUCAGUGUAUCUGGUGAAAUAAUGGAGGGUGAUUCAGUGAAUCUGACCUGCAGCAGUGAAUCAAAUCCACCUGUUCAGAUCUACAGCUGGUUUAAGGUGAAUGAAACAUCAUCUGUUGGAUCUGGACAGACGUACAGCAUCACUAACAUUAACUCCAGACACAGUGGAUGGUUUUACUGUGAGGCUCAGAAUAAAGUGGGAUCUCAGAGAUCUGAUGCUGUAUCACUCAAUGUCAAAGGAAAUGUGGGGAUGUUUUUCACUAGCAUCGGAGCAAUGAUUUUGGGGGCUGCAGUUGUUAUUGUGAUGUUGAUAAUUUGGAUAAUCUGGUGGAUGAAAAAGAGAAAUAACCCAGAGUCUCAGGUUGUUCAUCAUAGUCUUCCUCAUACCAGCCACAAAACAUGUGAUGUUGUCCUGCAUAAUGAAGUGUAUGAACAUAAGAACAUAACUAUUGCUGAUGGCAGCUGUGAUGAAUCCAAGCUGAGUUCUCCUGUCUAUGAGAAUAUUAAACUGAACAGAUAGUUGCUUUAGAGCAGUGGUUCCUGAUUCCAUUCCUCGCGCAUCCCCCCCCAAACACACAAUGUUUAAAACAACUGUUUUCUGUAUUUCAUUUUUUUUUGCUUGUUAUGUAAAUGAUAGAGAAACAUUGCAUCUUAUUAUUGUAAAACUGCUAUAAAACAUAAUUUCUCAAUGCACUGUAACCAUAUUUUUGUAGAAAACAUAAAUUCACUUAUUGGGAUUAGAUGCUUUGUUUUAUUUUAAGUCACCAUUGUGGUGAUCAGUGUUUGUUUUAACUGGACUCUUGACCCUUGACAUUUUACUGGCUAGUUUUUCUCUGUUUACAGUAAUGUCUAUUGUGUGUAUAAAAUACACUUGUGAUAGUAAUGUAAAGUUACUAGUGCAGUUCUGUGGUGGGUCAACGAAGCACAUCAAAACAUGUAACAGCCAAUAAAAGCUUUGUGUGGGUGGAGCUCUUGAUGAUUGACAGGUGUGAUGGCAUGAUGUGACAGCUUCGGCAAAGAUUUGAGAAAAAAUGUGCUAAUGGAUAAAUGUAUAAACUCAUAAAGCAUAUCAUCUUUCGUUUUCCUUUGUGCUUUUCUUAUAUUUUGUCAGUUUUUGUAAGUACUGAUUAAUCUUCUAACAUGUUGUAUUCCCAAAUUUGUAAGUUCACCCAAUUAUUUACUUAUUUCAUUUGGAUCUUUGUGGAUUAUUUUUUAAGUUUGUUUUAAAUAUAAUUUUUGUAAUUGCUAAUGUUGUCUAUGA